AGAUUGUUAUAUAAUGCAACUAUCCCUACAUAUGUUUUAUGGCCCAAGAUACAAUUUUGUCAAUUAUAUGCGUUUUUCUCUCCGCUUUAUUGAUUUUUUUGAUGAUUUACUUUAUCAUCACUCUCACAGAUUUAGAAUGUGAUUAUUUGAAUUCUAUGCAAUGCUGUAAACGCCUUAAUAAAUGUUUAUUACCUGAAAUUGUAGUUGCAGCUAUAGUACCGCUUGUUAUAGUUUUUUCAAAAUAUUGGUUUUUGUCAAUAAUUGCUGCAAUAUGUCCUUGUUAUUUAUUAUGGAAAUAUUUGACUGUUCCAAAAGGAAAUUUAAGUGUAUAUGAUCCUACAGACAUUUACAAUCGAGGUGAAUUAAGGAAUACUAUAAAAAUUACAAUUGCAAAGCUGGGGUACCAUUUAGUUUUCUUUUUUGUGUUCCUUUAUUGCAUGAUAAUAUCUUUAUUGAAUCCUUUGAACUACGAGGAAUACAAGCAAGAAAAUAUACCGCCUUUCUAAAAAAAAAUUGAUAAUUGAUCUCAUAUACAAAAUAAUGUGAUGUGAGCUUAUAAUACCGAACAUAAACUCUCAAUUAUCAUAAUUAUUAUUAUAUAAAUAAUUUUUAAACAACAUUGUAAAAAUUUAAUAUAAAUAUUAUUCUUGUGCAUAAUAAAUAGAUUUUAAAUCAAAAUAUUAACUAAUUAUGGUAAAAUUGUAUUGAUCAUUUAAAAAUAUAUAAAUACCCCCAAUUAAAAUUUAUAAGGUAUAUAAUUAUAUUAGUA